AUGGGCUUCCUUUCGAAGGCCCUCUGGCUUCUCGCCAGCACUAGCCUUAUCACUCCCACUGUCACCCAAGAAACUUACGACUACAUUGUAGUUGGCUCCGGACCGGGCGGCGGCCCUUUGGCAUCCAACCUCGCGCGCGCAAACUAUAGUGUACUUCUCAUCGAAGCAGGCGACCAGUCCACCCAAGGCAACUCAGGCCAGUACCCGCCGCAGAUUACUUGGGACUUCUUCGUCAAACAUUAUGCGGAUGAUAGGAGGAACAAAAUGAACAAUAAACUGGUGUGGAAGACGAACGAAGGUAGGUAUUGGGUCGGUGCAGGUGAUAGUACGCCACCGAAGGAUAGUAAGUUCUUGGGCGUGUACUACCCCCGCGGAAGCAGUGUUGGUGGAAGUAGUAUGAUCAAUGCCAUGUGCACUUGGCUUCCAUCCGACAGUGACUGGAACUACAUCCAGAAUCUCACGGGUGACGGUUCUUGGAACUCCGUAAAUAUGCGUAACAUCUUCCAACGCAUCGAGAAGAACCACUACCUCCCAGUCGGCACUGCAGGCCACGGUUACACUGGCUACUUCGAAACCAAUUUGAACAAGCCGACCUCAAUUGGCCAACCUGCCCUCGGCAUUGUUCAAGCGAUCGCUGAGAAUUUCUCAGUCUCCACCACCCAAGCAGAUAUCACGGCCCAGAUGGGUUCUGAUGCGAACUUUCUCGAUCCCAAGCGUGAUUGGAAGACCGGAAUAUGGGGGCUGCCUAUGCAUAACAAAGCUAAUGGCGAACGCUACAGCUCCAGAGACUAUAUCAAGGAUACUAUUGACAAGAAAUUUCCAUUGACACUGAGUAUAAAUAGCUUGGCGACGAGGGUACUGUUCAGUAAUGCCACAUCCUGUGGUGGCAAGCCUAGAGCCACAGGUGUUGAGUUCCUGCAAGGCAAAUCCCUCUACAAAGCCGACGCGCGGUACGCCGAAGGCUCUACAGGCGUCUUGAAGACAGCCAUUGCACGCAAAGAGGUCAUUGUUUCAGGCGGCACAUUUAACACUCCGCAACUACUAAUGCUCAGCGGCAUCGGUCCUGCAGCCCAACUCUCCCAAUUCAAUAUCCCUGUUCUCGUCGACUCGCCUGGAGUGGGACAAAAUAUGCAAGACAACCAAGAAAUGCCCAUCAUCGGCCAGGUCUCUGGCACUACCAGUGGCGGCUUCUCUCAGCCCAUCCUAAUGAUGACGACCAAGCACACACCGGACAGCGAAAGAGACAUGUUCAUCAUGCAAGGCACUUUCGCGUUCCGUGGUUUUUGGCCCAGCAAUCAAACAAACACCGCUUUACCGCAAGAUGGUCCAAACACUUACGGUAUGUCGAUGGUCAAGAACCAUCCGCAGAAUAAGAAGGGCUACGUCAAACUCCUCUCUUCCAACCCUCAAGAUACACCAGAAAUCAACUUCAUGCUCUAUGAAGAGGGCAAGGAGACGGAUAUGGGUGCCAUGAAAGACACCAUUGCCUGGGCGAGGAAGAUAUAUGCGAGUGCCAAAGGGAUCAAGGUCGAGGCUAAGGAGCCACCUUGUCCAAAUGGGCCAGAUCCAGAGGGGUAUUGCGGACAAGCAGAUGAAGACUGGAUCACCGGCCAGACGUUCGGUCAUCAUCCGACCAGCACUGCGGCUAUCGGUAAGGAUGGCGACGUGAAUGCCGUUCUAGAUGCAAGGUUCAGGGUCCGAGGUGUAAAAGGCCUUCGAGUAGUAGAUGCCAGUGUGUUUCCCAAGGUGAGUAACUCCAUACUCCUGUCGAGCGCAGUUUGA